AUGAGAGACAUUGAAUACAGGGGAGAUGCGAGUCCUUCUGCUGGAGCCAUGAACUUGACCCAGGAUGGGUAUUUUCGUCUUGGCCAAGUUAUUUGUACAGAGCCUGUCCGGCUCCAGGACUUUGGUACCAAGCAGCUUACUGACUUUACCACCCAUUUUUCCUUCACUAUCGAUACCUUAGGUCCCGACAACCUAUAUUAUGGUGAUGGGAUCGUCUUUUUCAUUGGUCCUGUUGGAUUUCAAUCUCCUGCGAACUCAGGUGGUGGUGGUUUAGGCCUGUUUCCUACCAUCUUAAACUCUCAGUUAUUACAGCAUAAGCAGCAAAUUGUUGCAGUUGAGUUUGACUCCUUUGUCAACGGAGACACGGAUCCUCCUUAUAAGCAUGUGGGCAUCAAUAUCAACUCGCUCAAUUCUUCUGUGUACACACUUUGGAAUUGGCAAAAUUAG